UAAUGUACCAGAACUUAUAUUAGAACUUCAUGACCACUCCCUAAGGACAAUAUUACCCAUAAUACUAUCCUUAGUACUAUUAUCCUGUUUAAAAUCCAUAUAAUUAACAAUAUCAAAUCAUGUAGGCUGUGCCAGCUCUUGUGAUAAAGAAGAAAGUGGAUCAAAUAAAACAAGAAGAGAAAAUCCUUGAAACUAUACCUAAAAAGUCUGUUGCUUUUGUUGAUUUCGAGAAAACUUCAGAACAAAUUUAAACACCUUCAGUUUAAAUCUAAUCUGACGAGAAAGGGAAUAAUUUAAAACCUAAUUUGUUGGUCGACUCAACAAAUAUACAAAAAAAUUUUUCCAAAGCCAUUGUCUAAUAUGCUUUGAGACAAAAAAAAACUGUUUUUCAAAUUCUUGGAGAAGAAAAAGGAAAUCAAUUUCUUUUGUUCAUGAGUGAACUUGUAAAUCAGCUCAGAAAUCUAUUUCAUUUAGUGAAAUACACAUAAGAUGAAGAAUAUCUUAAAGUCAUAAGAAUUUUAGGGUAUAUAAUAUCAAUAAUAUUAGUAAUAACUUUUUAAGGAAAGAAAGUACAUGUUAUAUUUAUAAUUCUAAAAUAAGGUAAAAAACAAGUCACAUCAAGCACAAGGCAAUAGUAAAGAAAGUCCUAUUAAAACUUUGAA